AUGGAAGCCGAAAACGUAUCAGAAAAUACAGAUACUCAAUUGGUUCCUGAGGCAAAUCUUGAAUCAAGUGGAGACGCUAAUCAUUCAACCUCAGCGGAAUUAGACACAGCGGAAAAAAAUGCUAAUCAUUCAGCCUCAGCAGAAUUAGACACAGAGGAAGAUAGUGCAACCCUAUUCAAGGAGACUAAGCUUCUUAGGGACACUCUCGAACUUCUGUUGAGCAAGUCGUCUGAGCAAAAGAAAGUUUGUGAGCAACUUUCUCAAGAGAACAGAUACUUACAAGAUUACGUGGAAAACCUCAUGUCAUCUGGCGGCGUUUUAGAGAAAUGA